AUGGAAGUAACUGAAAAUAGGAAGUGGAUGAAUAAUAGAGUAGAUUAUCACAAGAAUAUCACUGCAGAAUUUAAUAUUGAAGUUCAUGAGUUUAUUAUGUUUGCUUUAGCACAAGAUAAAAAUAACAUUGGAGGAGGGAAUAUUAGAUGUCCGUGUAAGAAUUGCAAAUGUUUGAAAUUUGGAAAUCUAGAAGAAGUGAAGGAACAUCUAUGCAGGAGAGGAUUCAUGAGUCAUUAUUAUCAUUGGACAAACCAUGGUGAGGCGAUUCCCCCGAUUCCCCUAGUGGUUGCUAGUCAUUCAUAUUAUGGAAGUAGAUGUCAGAGGGAAAUGUUUGAUAAUUAUGAGCAGUUAGUAAUGGAUGCUGCAGGACCAGAAAUUGGAAACUAUGUAGAGCAAGAAGGUCAAGAAGAUGAAGAUGUAAUGGAAGAAUAUCCUAAUGAAGAAGCACAAAAGUUAUUUGAAAUGUUGAAAGCAUCACGCUCACCUUUAUGGGAUGGUUGUGAUAGAUAUCCUGUGUUGUUAGCAUCUUUAACAACAUUAAGUUUGAAAGCAGACUAUGGGUUGUCUGAAGGUUAUUUCAAUGGAUGGAUGCAAUUUAUGGGAAAUGCUUUGCCAGAGAAUAACUGUAUGCCUAAAGUUUUUUAUCAAGCAAGAAAAUCGAUUGCUGAACUAGGGUUGGCAAGUUUAAAUAUUGAAUGUUGUGUGAAAGGAUGUAUGUUAUAUUAUAAGGAGGACGACACACUCCAAAAGUGUAAAAUAUGUGGAGAGGAGCGAUACAAGCAUAUUAGAAGACGGGGGCAUGAUAAAUUAGUUCCACGGAAACAUAUGUGGUACUUCCCACUUGUUCCGUGA